AUGGCCCCAAGCCUAAAUCGACCGCUUCCCCAAGCCAUGGCUGGGGAGGGCGAUGUUCCUGCCGCAGGAGCAGAUCUAGACGAGCCACACGCCUUGCCUUCGCCUCCACCAGCGGAUUCGGUGAUUGUGCUGGGCUCUGUGGCGGCGAUUGUCGACCCACAGAUUGCCGACGAUCUGGGCUCCGACACGUGCCUUGUGGUGAGGAGCUUGGGGGACGACGAGUAUGAGGUUGCCGUGGGCGGGGCCAUGGCAUAUGUCUCGGGGCACAAUCUGCGAGUGCAGGCCAGCUCUGCGCCGACUGCAGUUUUGGCAGCCGAGCCGCAGAUGCAACUCCAACCUUCGCAAGUGGCAUUGACUUCGGCCAGCUCGCAGAGCACACCGUCAAGCCCGCCAUCAAGCAACCAUCAAGCGGUCCAGGAGGUUUCGCGCUCGGUCCAGCCCGCCUCCAGCUCCUCGUCCGACGACCAGGACGAGGACGAGGAGGAUGAGGACGAGAGCAGCUUCGAGGUUUUGGAUGGCGAGUUUCCGGAAGAGCUCCCAGAGGAGCUCCCAGAGGCGCUCCAGGGGGAGCUCCAGGGGGAGCUCCAGGGGGAGCUCCAGGAGCCUCCACGACUGGUGCGAGCCUGGAGCCAGCUCCCAGGCCUGCCGCGGUGGCACACGAGCCGCCUCCAGGGCUUGAGCUUCGGCCCGGAGAUCCGCUUCGGGGAUUAUGUCCUGCGCCGCUUCCAGCAGCUCGCACCGCCGCACCUCACCAACUUCCCCAUCGCUGAUGCCAGGGCCUUGGAGAACUUCCUCCGCCACAGCCUCUACCACCGCAUCGACAGACACGUUCGGGAGUCGGAUGCCGAGUCGACGAGGUCCCCUACCCUCACGUGGUUCGGGCUGGAGGAGGGAGCAUCGCAGGAGGUGUUCCUGAUCCUAGUCAACUCUCUGAUGACCGUGCAUCUGGAUCCCGAGUCCUGCCUGCUGCUUGUGCUGGUACCAGAUCUCCGGGACCGCGUGGAGCCUAGCCUGAGUGCACUCCUGGUGCACCACGUCUUCCCCUCUGCAGACCUGGCCAACCAGAUCAGGAUGCAGUACAUGGUGCAGCAAAGCGCCCGCCAGCUCCUCGCCCCAGCGCGGAUUCUCGGCGCCAUCUGCACGCUGGAGGAGGACGGCUGCCCCAGGCCUCCUUGCUGCUUCGAGGGGACCCCGCUGGAGGACAUGACCUUCGACCCAACGGCCCAUGUCAACAACACAGGCGUCGCGGCGCACACCAUCCAGAACGAGGCCCGGGCGGCCCGCAUCCCAGCGGGCUUUGCCUAUCUCAGCGCGGCGGACAUCAACCAGCGCAUCCAGUGGGCCAUUAGGAGAGCACGGAUCUCCCCGCACGUGGCAGUGCCCCAGUACUUCACUGACCGGAACAGCACGCAGGGCGGCUCCAUCAACUGGCUGCUUCCUCUCAGCUUGGCAGAGCCAGGCUCAGACGACGCCCAUGUGGCCCUCGUCCUCGUGCCCCAGCGGAGCCAGACCGGACGGAGGUUCUACAACGCCAUCACGGUGCUGCCCCUCCAGGCCGCGUGGCUCAACGCCCUGGUCAUCAACCCUUUCAGCGGCCACUGGCUCCGGCGGGCAUAG